GAGCAAUGUUUGCCGAACAUAAUCGGCCUUUGUUACAAACAACACUUAACGAAAAUGAAUAUUUUAUUGAUAGAAAUGGCUACAUAUUUUAUUACAUUCUGGAAUUCUAUCGAACUGGUAAAAUCCAUUUUAGGGAGAACUUUUAUCACCAACAAUAUAAUUCCUCUGUUAGAAAUCGAUAUGGAUUCAAUGGAUUUGGAGGUGGAAGUAGAGGUAUAAUGGGUGAAAAUAGAGAUAAUAUUUCAAAUCAUCCAAUUACUCAUGAAGAACUUGAAGAAGAAAUGAAAUACUUUCAAAUUCCCAUUAAUACCAUUUGGUCUUCAUUAACUCAACGUGCUAUUAUCACAAAAAUUGAUGCAUUUGUUGAUACACUUCGAGAGGUAUUCUAUCAAGUACUUGGAGAAUUUGGAUCAUCAAUCGAAAUCAAGUUUCGAAGAAAUAAAUAUCAACCUCAAGUGAAAAUUAGAGAAAUAGAAGAUGACACAAUGAUAUUUGGAAUAAUAACGAAUAUAUUAAAACCCUACGGAUCAGUAGGAUAUUUGAUUUUGGAUAAAUUUGGAACAGAGAUAGAACAUCACAUGAAACAAAUUAUACCAGAAUUAAAAUGGGAAUUGAUACAUAUUGAUAAUUAUAAUUGGUAUUGUAUCAAAAUGUCAACAACAGAAGAAAUUGAUCAUAAAGAAGACCAAUAA